GGAGACUUUAAACCUGGCCCCGGCUCAGCUUCGGACACGCGUGACAUCCCCGGCAGCACCAUGAGGCCGGGGGUUUUCCUCCUCCUUGGGCUCCUCAUCCUCAGGGCAGAGCCGGGCACUGCACCGGAGGAGAAAGGUGGGGAGCCCCAGAAGCCGGGGAGGUGCCCGCGGGACUUCAUGCGCUGCCUGCGCCUGGAGCCCCCCCUCUGCGCCAACGACUCCAGCUGCCCUGGCUGGCACAAGUGCUGCCCCCGGGAGUGCCGGCUCCGCUGCACCCUCCCGGCAGAAGAGAAACCCGGCGCCUGCCCGGCGGCAGCCCCCGAGGGGCUCUUUUACCCCUGCUCCUUCCCCUGCCUGGAGGACAAGGACUGCCUGGGAGCGCAGAAGUGCUGCCCACUGGGCUGUGGUCCUGCCUGCUUGGAGCCGGUGCAGGACCGACCCAAACCCGGGAAAUGCCCCACGGCACAGCCGGGGACGGCAGGGCUGUGCUGGGAGCAGUGCCGAGGCGACAGCGACUGCCCCGACGCGCAGAAAUGCUGCAACAGCAGCUGUGGCAGCCGGUGCCUGCCGGCAGCCCCAGCCGAGGAUGCCAGCCCUGCCCCAGCCACCCCGCAGCCGCACCACCAGCGGAGGUGCCGCCAGGACCAGGACUGUCCCCCGCCCCAGGUGUGCUGUCACCAACGGUGCAGCCGGGAGUGCCACGCACACAGCCAAGAGCGGCACCAGGGGAAGAGCUGCCGUGGAGACGGGAACUGCCCGCGCCCGGAGACAUGCUGCCAGCACCGGUGCAGCCCUGAGUGCCGCACCGAGGCAGCAGGGGCCCCCACGGCCACGCCAGCCUGGCAGGAGGGGAUGAGGUGCCGGAAUGACGGAGACUGCGGCAGCGGGGAGACGUGCUGCGGCGGCCGGUGCGCGGGGUUGUGCAGCGCCGAGCACCAAGGUGGGACAUAG